CAUAUUGCAUAAUAGGUCGAUGUCUUUAAGAAAUGGUUAGCUUUUAAUUAGAGGGGGUAGGCAACGUACACUUUCUUGUCCUUUUUCAGAACAUGUUUUUAUAUAACUUAUCCUUCAGUGCCUUAAUUUCCAUUCUCAAUCAGACAUCAGUCGAUUAGUAUCUGUAGCAAGCAAAUUCAUCCACAUUAGAACUCAAAGUCUCUAACCUUGAGAAUUCUAAUCUGUGAAAAAACUCAAACAUUAGAUACAACUAAUGGCAUUUAGAGGGUUUGUUGUGUGUCUAGUUAUGGUCAUGGUGGCCACAAUGUGGACUCAAAAUGCAGCACAAUCAGGUUGCACCAGUGCACUCACUAGCUUGAGCCCUUGCCUCAAUUACAUAACGGGAAGUUCAUCAUCCCCAUCAACUUCAUGCUGCUCGCAGCUCUCAAGUGUUGUUCAAUCUUCACCGCAGUGCCUCUGCUCCCUCCUUAAUGGUGGAGGUUCCUCUUUUGGAAUCACAAUGAAUCAAACUCUUGCUCUGUCUCUCCCUGGCACUUGUAAAGUGCAAACUCCACCUGUUAGCCAGUGCAACGCUGGGAAUGGACCAACAACUCCUUCAACUGCUACUGUGGGCUCUCCAAUUGGUUCUCCAUCUGAUUCUUCAGCUGAAUCACCUCAAGGCUCAAUCACACCUUCUGCUUCAAACUUCCCCUCAGGCACAGGACCAAAAAAUGUCCCAUCAACAGAAAGUGGCUCAUCUGAUGGAAGCAAUAUUAAAGUCCCCUUUCACUUGGUGCUCUGUGUUCUUGCCAUUGUGUCUUUGGUCACCAAGUUUUGAUUUUGAGCCUUCAGAGAUUUGAGUGCUGACAUUUUAUUUAGAGCUUUCUUUGUCAUAGAAGAUAUCUGUAUGCAUUUAUUACUUGUUCAAUAGAGGAGUUUGAUAUGAAGUUACUUGUUCAAGCUGGGAUAC